AUGCUGGCGCUGGCGGUCGCCGCCCUCGUGGUGCUGGCCACCCUGCUGCUGGGUCGCAUGCGCGCCCCGGCGAGGCGGACGGCCAUGGUGAUUGUUCUUGGAGACGUGGCACGCAGUCCGCGCAUGUGCUACCAUGUGCGGAGUCUCGCCGACGCCGGCUGGUCCGUCGCUGUCGCCGGGUACUUGGAGACGCGGCGGCCCGCCGAUCUCGGCCCGGGCGUGCGCUGUGUGCCCCUCUGGACGCCACCGCAUGCGCUCCAGUCCCUGCCGCGCGCGCUCUUUGCCGUGGUCGCGCUCGUCAAGGUGCCGCUGCAGGCCGUGACGCUUCUAUGGCAGAUCGUCACGCACACGCCGCGCCCGUCGCUCGUCCUCGUGCAGACGCCGCCUGCGAUCCCGACGCUGGGGGUCGUGCGCCUGGCAUGUGCGAUCACGCGCAGCACCCUCGUGAUCGACUGGCACAACCUGGGCUACACGCUGCUCGCACUCAAGCUCGGCGCACGCAGUCCCCUUGUGGCCGUGGCCCGCACGCUCGAGCGGUGGCUCGGCGCACGCGCGGAUGUGCACCUGUUUGUCACGCAUGCCAUGCGCACACAGCUGCUCACGCAGUGGCGCCUCCGCGGCCGCACGGCCGUCCUGCACGACCGCCCGCCCGCCCACUUCCACCGCCUGUCGCCGCCCGAGCGCGACGAGUUCCUCGCGCGCCACCCUGUCUGCGCGGGCAGCGGGCGCGCGUGCAAGCUCGUGGUAUCGAGCACGAGCUGGACACCCGACGAGGAUAUCGGCAUGCUCCUGGAUGCCGCGGCGCUGUACGAGACGCUGGCUCGCCGCGACCCCGCCGUGCCGCCCAUCUGCGUGGUCAUCACAGGGCGCGGUCCGCUGCGCGAAGCGUACGAGCGCGACAUGGCCGCGCGUGCGCUGCGCGAGGCAUGGUCGCAUGUGACCGUGCGCACCGCGUGGCUCGCGGCGGACGACUACCCGCGCCUGCUCGGCGUCGCGGAUGUGGGCGUCUCGCUGCACACGAGCUCAUCCGGCAUCGACCUGCCCAUGAAGGUCGUCGACAUGCUCGGAUGCGGCCUCCCCGUGUGCGCGCUCUCGUUCGCCUGCCUGCCCGAGCUGAUCGAGUCGGGCGUGAACGGCGCCGUGUUUUCGUCGGCCUCGGAGCUCGCUACGUGCAUGGCCGACGUGCUCACAGGCCGCCGGCGCUUCCCGCACGCCGGCUUCCUCGGCGCAGACGCACCCACCUGGCAGGCCCAGUGGACGCGCACCGUAGCGCCGCUCCUUCCCCAUAGCUAG